AUGGGAAACAUCAAUCAAGGAAACACAACCCUGGAUGAGGGUGAAAUCAUUAUCUCUGCCCCUUCCGCUGAUGCCUCCAUAUUUGUGAUGGUAAUGAACCAUGAAAAAUAUAAUAAUUCCCUUAAAAUUGUGAAUGAUGCCUCACGUACUAGCAACUGCUUGGUCUCUUUGAUCAGCAUCAUGAAUGACAAUUUUGUUAUUGUAGAAGGACUCAUGACCAUAAUUCAUACCAUUACUGCUACCCAGAAGACAUUAGAUGGCCCCACUGGAAAACUCUUAGAUGAGAGGCGUGGUCCUGUGCAAAUUAUCAUCCCUGAUUCCACUGGUGCUGUUAAGGCUAUAGAUAAAUUUAUACUUGAAUUGAAUGAAAAGAUCAAAGCCACAGUCUUCCAUGUUCCUAAUCCCAGUAUGUGUGUUGUUGAUCUGAGCCUGGAGAAAACUAUUAAAUACAAUGGUAUAAAGAAAGUGGUGAGGCGAACAGAAGGACCCUUGAAGGGAAUCUUGGGCUGCAAAGAAAACCAAGUUGUAUCUUGUGACUUUACCCGUGACAACCACUCAUCUAUAAUUUUGCUGCUGCUGCUACUGCUGCUGCUGCUGCUGCUGUUGCCCUCAUUGACCAUUUCUAGAUUUUUAACAAAAAAGUUCUACCACUGA